CCAGGCUUGCCACCCUAGCAGCGAAAUCAGGAGUCUGGACGAGUUGGCUAGUUUCUGAGAGGCGGGCAUGGAGGCGUCGCGCUGCCGACUCGGACCUCGCGAGGACAGUGCCUUUGAAGAUGAGACCAUGAAGCUUCGACAGCUGAAACUAGAUAAUCAGAGAGCACUGUUGGAGAAGAAACAGAGAAAAAAGCGCCUGGAGCCACUCAUGGUGCAGCCAAAUCCAGAAGCCAGGCUACGUCGGUCAAAGCCAAGAGGUUGUGAGGAGCAAACUCCUUUGGUGGAACCUUAUACCCCUCACAACAAUGUCAUCCUUCAUGGCAUUGAUGGUCCAGCUGCCUUCCUGAAGCCAGAGGCUCAAGAUUCGGAAACCAAACUUCAUGUUCUCUCAGUUGGCUCUUCUGCUGUGGAAGAGGAUACUGAAGGAAGUGUUGAUGGGGAAAGCACUUUGGAUACUGCUUCCAAGCCAGAUCUUCAGGAGAUUCUCCAAAAACAUGGUAUCUCAGGUAGUUUGAACUUUGAUGAGGAGACUGAUGGGGAGGAAGAAGAAGGAAAAAAAUUAAGAUCUCAUUCACCGUGUUCAGAGACAGAAAGACCCAGUUCUGCGCCCAGCCAGAAAUCAACCACAGAUACAGGAGCUUCUGGUACUUCAGCCCAACAAAAUGAUAACCAGCUGGGGGAAGUAGAGAAUUUAGAGGACUUUGCGUAUAGUCCUGCUCCUCGAGGUAUCACAGUAAAGUGUCGGAUAACCAGGGAUAAAAAAGGAAUGGAUCGGGGUCUCUUCCCUACUUAUUAUAUGCACUUGGAAAAGGAUGAAAAUCGGAAGAUAUUUCUUCUUGCAGGUAGAAAGCGAAAAAAGAGCAAAACAUCCAACUACCUUAUCUCCACCGAUCCAACAGAUUUAUCUCGUGAAGGAGAAAGUUAUAUUGGCAAACUCAGAUCCAACCUCAUGGGGACCAAGUUUACAGUUUAUGACCAUGGUGUCAGCCCAACCAAGGCCCAAGGUCUGGUAGAAAAGGCCUACACCCGGCAGGAGCUGGCAGCUAUCUGUUAUGAAACAAAUGUACUUGGAUUUAAAGGUCCUAGGAAGAUGUCUGUGAUCAUUCCAGGGAUGAAUAUGAAUCAUGAACGGAUCCCAUUUUGGCCACGAAAUGACCAUGAGAGCCUGCUAUCAAAAUGGCAAAACAAAACCAUGGAGAACUUGAUUGAGCUGCACAACAAGGCCCCAGUCUGGAAUGACGACACUCAGUCCUAUGUCCUGAACUUUCAUGGCCGGGUCACUCAGGCUUCUGUGAAGAACUUCCAGAUAGUCCACGAAAAUGACCCUGACUAUAUAGUCAUGCAGUUUGGACGUGUGGCAGAUGAUGUGUUCACCUUGGAUUACAACUACCCACUGUGUGCACUUCAGGCCUUCGCUAUUGGGCUUUCUAGCUUUGACAGCAAGCUGGCGUGUGAGUGAGACAGAAAGCACACGCAGAGCUGGACUUUCUUGCUACAGAGCAUUCAGGAGCAGGUAGUUGCCUCCCUUGCUCUUGGCCCAGGACAUGAAGAGAGACAACCUGCCCCUUUUGGAAUAACCCCUGAAUGUGUGUAUGUAUGGGUGUAUAUACAUAUAUGUAUGUGUGUACAUAUGUACACACGUAUGCACACACACACUUCUCUGGCUCUCACAGACCUGGUCAGGGAUUACAGUUUAACAUUGGUGAGAAAUUAUCAAAGUACAAGAAGGUUCUUGUCCAGAGCACAUUGAUGACUCCUCAGGUUAUUGCCUCUAACAGAUUCUGUGCCUCAAGGGUCAGAUUUCUUGGAAAUUUGCAGCUAGAAUCAGGUUCUAAUAAUUAAAUACUGGGGUCUCUUUUUUGAAGAACUUUGCAGAGAGGGACAGUUCCCUACAUUGACUUUAGUCUCUAGGUCUGCAGACUUUCUCUCGUAAAGGGCUGGAUAGUGUCUCUGACAACUACUUGGCUUUGUCAUUGUAGUGCAAAAGUAGCCAUAGCCAGUUCAUACAUCAGCGAGGGUGGCCUUGUUUAUUUACUUUAUUUACAAAACCAGGCAGCAGCCAGAUUUGGCCUAAGGGCCAUAGUUUGCCAACCUCUGCUUCAGGUAUAUCUUUGUACUCUCUGGACUUGGGCAUUUCCAAAAUGGGCUGCUAGUCAUGCAGUGAGUGGUAUAAGUGGGAAAUGGAUAACUCUAGAAAGCAACAGUCCUACAGAUUGGAUCCAGAGAGGUACUCAGCUGCAUUAACAGUUAACAAAACAUUACUUGUUCUGCUGACGAUGGUUUCUAGAGUGUCGUUUAUCAUCAGAACUGGAAAACCCCAAAGUCUGUGAUCAUUUUGAGACCACACAGGUGGCUUAAUACUCCUAACCUACCCAACACACCCAUGGGAGAACACAUGCCAGCCACUUUACCUACCGUAAGAGAAGAACUUCUGCUGACUAGGAAACAAAUCUAGAAUUGUAUUGUCUUUAUGACAGGGAGUGUAGUAUUUGUUUCUUAGAGCUAGCUUGUUGUCCUCGUGGUGCUUGGGCGGUACUGACAUCACAGUCCCCCUCCUCCUUCAGAGUAGAUUGGCUGGCACCAAUCUCAGUCAAAGAGCCUAUGGCCAAAUUUGUGAUCAGUGAUGUGAGAAUUUUAUAUAAUUAUCUUAAUUUCAGUUCAGUCUGAAAACAUAAACUCAAGAGGUGACUCAGCCUAUUUAAGACUGAGAGUAAUUUGACAGUUGCCUUCAUUUUCAACCCAGGAGUGCCUCCCACAGCUGUAUUAAUCUUGAGCUAUGGUACAGAGGGACACACACACCUGUAGACCGUGUACGAAGUAAGAGAUCCUUAUGUAUCGACACUUUCAUUGUUGUUAUCAAAAGAGGUGGCAGGAGAGGCUUGGUGAGGACCAGCUAUCUGACUCCUGAGCUCAGCAGACCUUGUUGGGCAGAACGUUGGGUCUUUGUUCUUGACAUAAAUAUUAUCAGCUUCCUAAAGCCUGGUUCAUUGGUACAGAUGAAGCUCCUGUAUUCCUCAUAGAUUACGAGUUUUGCUAAGUCAUUCAGGUUAUUAGCAUCUCCCAAGAAAAUAUGACUCUGCUACCAGCUCGGCGGUCUCCUAGAGUAUACCUGAAUCUUGAGAAUCCAAUAACUUUGUGAGUUCUGCAUUCAGCGUUGCUCAACACCCAAGCCUUUGUGCAUUGAGCCAUUUGCCAGUAUGGGGUUUCCCUUCUGUGGACUCUCUUUUUGUCUCUGCUUCCUAUUGUUCCAUUCUCCAUAUCAAAGAACAAUGUGAAAGAAGGAGGUCUGAGACAUGAAAAGUCCCUUGGCUCCUCCCCACUGGAAAGUCCUGUGUGAUGUGUUUUGAUGUGAUUGGUUCCCAUCUCAGGCAUGCUUCCCAUCAAGUGCCUCCUUCAUAGAAGUACCCAAAGCCCUUCAGACCUCUGGCACCACCUUCCUCAUGUACUGUCAAAUGAGCUGCCCUCCUUAAAAACAGAAAGCUGUUCAUUUAUGUCUGGUUACAGUAAUUGACAACAUCUGGAGAAGGGGAGCCUUGUGGGCUGACCAGAUCUAAUCCUGCUGCUUCCUGCUUGCCCUAGCUCAGAGAUUUUAUACUCCAGCUUUGUGUGCUUGUUGCUUGGAUGUGCAGGUGAUUGGUUUUACGUAAAUCAUAUUUAUACCUUUUGUAUGGUACAGAAAUAAAAAAUACUUUAUAUAAAAA